CGGUAAGGUAUAAACCGGUGUGGUAGUAAGAUGAUCCUGAUUAAAUAGUCCAUAGUAUAAAAAAAAUUACAGUUUAUCCGGGUUCACUGCACAUGAUCACAUUAUUGACUAUUAAGAGACAACCAUGAUUCGGAUUGCCAUCCUGUUCACUGUUGUAUCAGCAUCAGUUUAUCCCAAUCUUGACCAUAUUCGGCCCUCUGCAAGUUUGAAUGACCAACGCCAGGCAGCUCUAGAUUUGAUUGCUCGAAUAAUUGGUCCUAAAUCAAAUACUUUUCAAGUUGACAUUAUCAAAAACAAGGAUCCAGAAUUUCAUGACACAUUUAAUCUGAUGUCAGAUGGUAAAAAUGUAACAAUAACAGCUACAUCAGGGGUUGCUGCAGCUAUGGGCUUCUAUUAUUUUCUGAAGACAAAGUGCAGAUGUCAGUUUACCUGGGGUGGAGAGCAGCUUAACCUUCCAAGUCCUCUACCAGUGAUCCCUAAACCUGGCCUCUCUAUCACUACAAAUGAUAGAUUUCGGUAUUACGAGAAUGUCUGCACCUUCAGUUACACAUUUGUUUGGUGGGACUGGUCAAAAUGGCAGCGACAUAUAGACUGGAUGGCGAUGAAUGGCAUCAACCUUCCCCUGGCAUUCACUGGGCAGGAAGCAAUCUUCCAAAGGGUGUACAAAAAACUGGGGUUUACUGAUGAAGACCUUGGACAUCAUUUUGCUGGGCCAGCUUUUCUUGCAUGGGCAAGAAUGGGUAAUAUGGAAGGAUGGGGUGGACCAUUACCACAGAGCUGGAUAAUUGAUCAGCUGGUGCUACAACACAAGAUCCUUGGACGUAUGAGAGAACUUGGGAUGAUCCCCGUACUCCCUGGCUUUGCUGGUCACGUACCUAAAGCUAUUACAAGGUUAUACCCUAAAGUAAAGUAUAGUCAACUGGAUAACUGGGGACGAUUCAACAAAACUUACUGCUGCACAUAUUUGUUAGAUUUCCAUGAACCACUUUUCCAGAAGAUAGGUUCUGCAUUCAUAAAAGAGAUGGAGGCAGAGUUUGGUGUGGAUCAUGUUUACAAUGGUGAUACAUUUAAUGAGAUGGUUCCAGUUUCCAAUGAUACAGACUAUAUAAAAUCAGCUGGUCAGUCAGUUUACAGUGCUAUGACGUCAGCAGAUCCUAAAGCUGUCUGGUUGAUGCAGGGACUGUUAUUCUUGUCUGAACCUCAGUUCUGGCAUCAGGAACAAAUUAAAGCUUUACUCACUUCAGUUCCACAGGGCAGAAUGAUUGUUUUAGAUCUAGAGGCAGCAAGGAUAGCGGCCUAUAACUUGACAAGAUCAUUUUAUGGCCAGCCAUUUAUAUGGUGUAUGUUAAACAAUUAUGGAGGCACAAUGAGACUGUAUGGUAACAUAGACACACUGAAUGAGGGUCCAUUUACAGCAAGAAACAUACCUGGUAGCUCAAUGGUAGGUAUAGGAUUGACACCAGAAGGUCUAUAUCAGAACGAGGCUAUGUAUGAAUUCAUGAAUGAAAAUGCUUUUGUCAAAACUCCAAGGAAUCUUACUGUAUGGUUCACUGACUUUACACAGAACAGAUAUGGCAAAUAUAACUCUGAUGCUGAUAUGGCAUGGCAGUUGUUAAAGACAAGUGUGUUCAAUAGUACAGACAGUAUGCCAGAUGAUAACUCUUAUGUUGUACCUACAUCUAGACCAGAUAUAAAUCUUAAAUUACCUGAGAUAUGGUAUGAUACAGUACAGUUAUUUAAUGCCUGGGGUCAUAUGGUUGAAGCUUCAAAAAUCCUGAAUUUAAGUGCACUGUUCAGGUAUGAUCUUGUAGAUGUAGCCAGGAACAGUUUACAAGAUAUAUCUACUUUAUAUUAUACUGAAGUAAUAGCUGCUUAUAAGGAAAGGAAUUAUUACAGACUAGAGAGAUCUGGCGAGGCCCUUCUUGUGUUGUUUGAUGACAUGGAAACAUUAUUGCGCUCAGAUAAACACUUUCUACUUGGUCCCUGGCUCAGAGAUGCCAGGACACAUGGACACACCAUGGCUGAGAAAAACUUGAUGGAAUAUAAUGCUAGGAACCAAAUUACAUUAUGGGGACCAAAUGGGGAGGUGAGAGAAUAUGCAGCAAAACAGUGGUCUGGACUAAUGUUAAAAUAUUAUGAGACAAGAUAUUAUCAUUUUAUAAAAGAGCUUCUACAGUGUAUAGAGAAAAGGAAAGCAUUUAAUCAGACAGCAUAUAAUGAGGAAAUGUUUAAUAAAGUUGAGCAACCAUUUACAUUUGAUACAUCACCAUUCCCUGUUGUACCCACAGGAGAUCCUGUGAAAAUUGCCAGUGACUUGUAUCAGAAAUAUUUAUCGGUAAUGCAGUCUUGACUUUUUCAAGCAUUUGAAGGUGUGGUCUAGACAGGAACAGAGGCUGUAUGCUGAACAAGCUCAGCAUUGGGUCAACAGGCAGACAGACAGUGCCAGUGUCAAAACGAACCAAUCACUAUAGUACAUACAUUAACAUAUAUAUAAUUUUAAUAAAUACAGUUUAGCACUCUAGAUAACCCAGGAUCAUUUGUUAGUUUCAGUAACUGCCUACUUACACAGGACGGUAAUAAUACAUAAUACUACAUGAAUGUCAUCAUCCAGUAAUUCCUUACAUGUUUUUGUACCUUUUUUUCUAUAUUGUAAAAGACUGUCAUACAGAUAUAAUAAUAAUAAAUUUAUGUACAUAUCACACAAAUUGUAUACAUGAUCAUAUCUUUAAUUAAAGUAAGUAAAUUACAGUACAUUGUACUAAAUUUAUAAAGCUUAUUUACUAUUGUUUCAAAACGAAUGACUGACCGUUAACUUGACUCCAUGAUCCAAUACAAAUAAGAUAUGGAGACAGACUUGUUUGUUUCUUGAAGUGUUUUCAUCACUCUGUUAUAUGCAAUGUGUCUUACUUUGUGCCAUAGUUUUGUUAAUAUUAUUUUUAUUGAAUGUUAUUUAAGUAUAUACAAUGUAAUUAAAGUCAGUGUUCAUUUUAUUGACUUUCAAAUAUUAAGAUUACAUUAUUCUUGUUUUUACAUUAUUAUACCCCCACCACAAAAUGUGGGGGGGGGGGGGGCUAUAAUGGAUUCGCUUUGUCGCGUCGGUCCGUCCGUCUCCAUUUUCGUGUCCGCUCUAUAGAUCCUAUACCAAUUGAAGGAUUUUCUUCAAACUUGGCUCAAUUCUCCUCAACAAGGGGAUGUGCAGAACCCAUGUUGCCCAUGUGUCAGCUCAAGGUCAAGGUCACAAUUGAAGGUCAAAUAUCAAACACAAUCAAAUAUUAGACAGUAUGUCAUGUCCACUCUGUAAGUCCUGCACUAAUUGAAAGAUUUUCUUCAAACUUGGCUCAAAUGUUCACCUCAACAA